AUUAAAAAAAAAAAGCAUCGGAAGGACGAGAAACAAUCAUCACGGGACACAUAGUGUGUGAUGGAUUUCAUGCACUGAUUCAAUCCAAUGGAAAAUACUCUACGUAAACUUUGACGAAUCCUGUGAGCUCUACUUCCAGUCACGGUCUUCUGGCUUCUUGUUCACACCACCGUCCGCCUCACGUCUAAGACAACAUGGGCACCGUUCUCUCUCUGUCCCCCAGUUAUCGCAAGGCCGCCCUGUUUGAGGACGGUCCGGCAACUGUGGGGGCCUACACCGCUGUUCAGAACAGCAAAAACGCGAAGGACAAGCCCCUAAAGCGGCAGUCCCUCAUUAACAUCCUACCAUGGAAGCGCAUCGUGGUGGUUUCAGCCAAGAGAAAAGGCUCCAAGAAGCUCCAAUCGGGAGACAGCCAGGACGAGGGCCACCUCAACAGCCAGAACCUGAAGAAGUCCCAGUCCUGUGCCAACCUCUCCACUUUAGCCCAGGACUCCACAAUUUCCGCGGCUGCCGCUGCCGCCGCCGCCAUCCCCACCUCCAAAACCACCUCCAACAUGGUGGCCACAGCCAAACGGACCUCGCUGACCGGCUCAGUCACAGGCCAGUCCACCAAUGCCGGCACGCCCAAGCGGGUCAUCGUUCAGGCGUCCACCAGUGAGCUCCUCCGGAGCCUGGGGGAGUUCCUGUGCCGCCGCUGCUACCGUCUGAAGCGGCUGUCUCCGGCCGACCCGGUCCUGUGGCUGCGCAGCGUGGACCGGUCCCUGCUGCUACAGGGGUGGCAGGACCAGGGCUUCAUCACGCCCGCCAACGUUGUCUUCCUCUACAUGCUGUGCCGGGACGUGAUCUCGGCCGAGGUGUCCAGCGAGCGCGAGCUCCAGGCCUCGCUGCUCACCUGCCUCUACCUGUCCUACUCGUACAUGGGCAACGAGAUCUCCUACCCGCUCAAGCCCUUCCUGGUGGAAGCCGAGAAGGAGGCUUUCUGGGACCGCUGCCUGGAGAUCAUCAACCGCAUGAGUACCAAGAUGCUCCAGCUCAACUCAGACCCACACUACUUCACACAGGUCUUCGCAGACCUCAAGAAUGAGAGCCAGAAGCAGAAGGAGGACCACCGGUUGCUGAUUGGCUUAGAUCGAUAGAAAGAACACAAAACAGAACAAAAGAGACCAAAUGGGGAAGGGGAGGAAAAUUCCAAAGGGAGGAGUUUAAAUAAUAUAUGGGGCUUAAAUUCUAUAUUUUUUAUUUUUGUUUGGGUGGGCGGGCAUGCUUCUCUGGGACUGAGGAGAGGACAGUGUACAACUUGUACUGAUGAAUUGCUUGAGACAUUGCUUGAUGAAAACUCAGAGAAACUGAGAAAAACAGGAGAACGUCGUAGAACAAGAAUGUUUAUCAUUCAUUUCGAGAUGAGGAACAUCAACAAUGCUGGUAAAUGAACACACUAAAUAUCUUUCCUCCCUAAAAAUUCUCAAAAAGUCCAUUGGUAAACUGAGUAUUCAGCAUCAUGUCAUAACAAGUCAGACAAGCAGUGUCUCCCCUGGAAACUAGAUGACUUUCCCCCCACUAAUCCAAUUAAAGAACUACAUAGGGAAAGAUGUGAAGAAAUCGGUGCCAAGUUUUGCGAUUCUUGGCUGGCUAGACUUACCAGUCCUCUGGCUGCUUCAAAAUGGACGACAAUGAGUGGAGGCAGCAACAGCCACCGAAAGGACUUUGAAGAUGGUGGUUUAAAUAUCAGGAAAUCCCCCCUCAGCUUUCGGCAGUGACCAAACGUACACCCUUUGCCAGUGCUAAAGCUAUCCUUCCAUAACCUGAUUAAGUUAUCUCUGUGUGGUACGGAUCUCCCGCUCAGUCACACUCAUCUGUGCCAAUGUUCACCCCAAACCCAGGAUGGAGAAGCUUCUCUGGGACUAAGUAUGAUCUACCAGCAAUACUGUUGACGUUCCUAGUUAUUAUGUCUAUUUACAGUGAACUGAAUAUAUAUGUAUAUAUAUAUAUAUAUAUAUAUAUAUAUGUUUAUAUAUAUAUAUAUGGAUAUAUAUCACUGGGAAGACUACACAGUGUUUCAUGUUAUGACGCCACAUGCCUCUUAGGCUGUCAUUUUCAGCGCAUCUACAUUACCUGGCUAGCACAAAAAAAAACAUAAUUUUAGCACUUUUUUGAAGUAUAAGCAGAGUUGUUGAGCCAGGAGAUGUAGUAUUGAUUAUACAGUACUGUACAUGGAGCCAAAUUAACUGAAAGAGGCAAGAGUCUGAUUGAUAUGGUCUGAGUAUUGUUGUCAGAAGGACAACCCAACAUCUCACCUCUUCCUCUUUUGGUUCGUCCUGUUUUCCCACGUCAGAGAGAUUUUGGAGUCACAAAUGAAGAAUAGAAAAGAGCUGGCAGCCGGAGCAGGACAGAAAUGGUGGACUAGCCUGGUGUGACAAGCACAUCGGCACCCAAUCAGGAGUGAGAACAACAUUCUUCCAGAACAGUCUACUUGUAGACUACCUACCUUUUCACUGCAUAAAGAACAAAUUAAAAAAGGAUCCUCGGAUCUCCACCAAGGAGGCACAAACCUAUUGUAGGGAGAUUUAUUUAUAACCUUUGAUUUCUUCUUCUCCUCCUUCUUCUUCUCCUUCUUCUUCUUCUUCUUCUCUUUUUUUCUCAAAGGAAUUGUGUGUGUGUGUGCCUAUACGGGUGCUUCUUGCAUGCUUCUCCCUUUGCUUAAACACACACACACACACACACACGGACACUCUUUCAUCUUACACUUAGAUACACUUAUGUUGAGAUACCUUAUAUGGAGAUUCCUUCUUUCUUCUCUCUUGUGGUCCUGUCUGUUUGUUGAAUCAUGUGCCAUAUCAUACUGAGAUCUUUUGUCUUGGAGGGAUGCCAAAGGUUAGGGAUAUUUUUUUUUGCGAAGCAAAACAAUCACAAGCCAACAAACUGAAUUUGUCUGAAUUCAUUAAAACAUCCAGAUGUAGAUUUUUGUCCCAAAAUGUAGCCGUUGCCAAUUUACAUAUCAGAGCUGACUAAUGUGAAAUACAACAACCAGUGUUUUGCCACAAUCUGGAAACAGUGGGGGAAACAUGGCAAAUGUAGUUAUACAAAUAUAUACGUUAAAAAAUAUAUAAUUAUAAAAGAGAAUUAGUGUAAAGAGGAAUCUCUCCCCUUCAUUUGUCCCGAGGGCAUAAAUUAGUUUAAAGUUAACUGACAAGGGAUGCUGGUGUUGUGUGUAGCUUUUAAAUACAGCUGAUCCAGGAUCUGAACAGCACUUUCCUUGUCCUGUGUGUCUGAUUGGCUGAUCCAGGAUUUGAACAGCACUUUCCUUGUCCUGUGCGUCUGAUUGGCUGAUCCAGGAUUUGAACAGCACUUUCUUUGUCCUGUGUGUCUGAUUGGCAGAGGCAAAGUUGCCCAAGAUAUCAAGGAAAUGAAAGGAAUUGAAGUGUACAUGUUAUUUAUGCGAAGGCCCAAUAACUUAGAGGAAAGAGGGAGGGUCUAAUGGCAAUUCAUUCAUUUUAAAAUACUGCUUUUAUUUUCCUACCUGUGCUUUCAUCUCUAAACUGGAUCAAAUUACUUUCUCCCUCAUUUUUAAACUCCCCAUGCCAAUUAUGUCAAACGGUCAGGAGAACUUUGAUGACCUUUGAGAUUUGUGCCGAUUGGAUGUUCAGUUUCAUUCAAAUGAAAUGAACUCUUAGCUUAAAAAGAGCUAGAGUUACAGAUAAGGAUGAGAUCCUUGACUGAGUCCUAAGUAAAGUGCUGAAUGUAAUUAAUAGGCCAAGUGACGAAUAUGUUCUAUUUAUUAUUAUUAUUAUUAUUAUUAUUAUUAUUGCUAAAACCCAGAGAUGGCUAGUCACUGGGGAAAGGCUGUUUAUCCAGGGGCUUUUGGGAAUGGAAUUCAUUUUGUAUCCUCAUAUGCAGACACCUUCAUAAUGAUGUGCCAUUUCUGAUCAUAACACUUAAUGUUUGAUGUGACAAACAAUAAGAAAAAAGUGUAUAGUAGCAAAGGACGUGUACAUUUAGUUCUCUUCUCUAUUUUCCUUUGUGUACGCCGUUGUAUGAUUACUCUGAUUAUUUUUGUUGAACAAAACAAAGCAAACAAACAACAAAAAAAACAAACAAAAGCUGUGUUGUUAGACUAUACAAGAAAGCAAUCUGUGACUCUGUGUGUAUGUGUAUGAAUGUGUAAGAGUUUGUACGAUGAGUCAGUCCAACUCUUCUAUUUACUUUAUAUAUAAAAAAAAGAAUUAAA